AUGGACAGAUUCUACAACAAAGACGACGCGAAAAACAUAAUAGAAUUGCUGACACAAGAGAGAGUCAAAAAAGACAGGAUGCACCUAUCGAGAGUACUGAAGGACAAUGAAUUCAUUAAGUCGGCAUCCAUCAAGAGAGACGAUGAGGCAGAGGUAUGGAGGAUCAUCAAGCAGUCCGAAGACAAAGGAACGAUGGAAGAAAUGGUAUUCACUAUCACAGGGGCCAUAUACAUGAUGGACCUGCCGCCGGUGGCAAAGGAGACGAGGGCACAGAAGGAGAAGGUCGGGUUCUUGAAAGUAUGCAAGUCAUGGGCGAACGAGAGUUCAGAGAUUGUCGAAGAUGCGCCAGCCGCAUCUGGCAAUCCAGCAAUCGGACUAUAG